AAUGGUGAAGUGAUCCCACGGUUUGUGUCCCGUGGGCGCGGCGGAAGAACCCGGAGGAAAAAAGAAGUGAAAAAGAUAAAAGAAAAAGAAGAAAAGAAGAAAAAAGAGAGCUACGCGAAAGUGAGUUUACGCGCGCACGUCACACACUACACGGUCGGCCGGUAUGUGCACGCGGUCUUGCCGUAGCGGGAGAGCGGUCAUCUCGGCGAUCAUCAUCUUACUCUGGCAGAUUUGCAACCGACGGAGCGGCGCAACUCCAACCGACGUGACACCGUCGUCGUGCAACGUCGUCGCAACCGACGGACGGGAUCUGCUGUGCCGCGGCGCCGAUCUGCUCUCCAUAGGCCCGAUCAACGACGUCGAUCCCGCGCUAAUCGUUAACGUUACGAAGAUCGAUCUGACCAACAAUAGCAUAACGGACAUUCCACUGCGUGUUUUCCAUCGAUUUCCCAAUCUCGAAAUUUUGUUUCUCCGACGCAAUCGUUUGGAAACUAUUCACGAUGACGCGUUUGCAAAUUUACCGGGCCUUCGUAUACUGGAACUCGAUGAAAAUUACUUGACGGAGAUACCAGCCGCCAUUGCGAAUUUGCUUAGCCUUGAGGAAUUGUCCGUAUCAAACAACAGAAUAGAACAACUCACGAGGGACGCGUUGCACCGCACUCGCAAUCUGAUGUCGCUUGAUUUACGCGGAAAUCCCAUCAAGGAGAUAGACGACGGAGCCUUCCGAAAUCUCGGCAAACUUCGUAAGUUGAUAUUAUCGAACGUGAGGGAAUUGCAGCUGUUUCCCGAUCUAAGCGGAGCUACGUCUCUGGAAAUACUGAGACUAGAUCGCUCCCAGUUGAAGAAGAUUUCUUCUGAUCUUUGCCAAAAAUGUUCAAAACUCCGAAGUCUUGACGUAAAAUCCAACUAUUUAACCGAAAUACCGGAUUUGCGAAAAUGCAACGAACUUCGUGUUUUGGACUUAGCUAGCAAUAUGAUCUCCGCAUUACCCGACGACGCUUUCAAAGGCUUGGGUAUGCUGCACGAUCUCCUUUUAUCCAACAAUAACUUGCAGAGCAUCUCCAGCGACGCAUUUACCGGAUUACCCAGACUGCAGGUUCUAGAUCUCGAGAACAAUUACAUCGACUACAUACAUCCAGACGCGUUCAGAGAAACGAAACGAUUGCAGGAUCUAAAUUUGGGAAACAAUAUUUUUCCCACACUGCCGAUAAGAGGCCUCGCGGGAUUGUUGCAUCUCAAGACGUUCAACAAUCCCGCGCUGCGAGAAUUCCCGUCCCCGGAGAAGUUCCCGCGGGUGCAAACAAUGCUGCUAUCGUACGCUUAUCACUGCUGCUCGUUUCUCUCGGACGAGGAGGAAGCGGAAACACCUGUCACGAAUUCGCCGGUACGGGAAUCGAUUCUGUUCCCGACCGACGAUAUCGACAGCAAUCUGUGGAACUCGACUUUCAGCGAUAUCUGGCCGCAGUUGAAUAACUUGACCGACAAAUUCGGAUCGCAGAUAAAUGAACUUUGGGCUAACUUUGGUUCAGAUUUUACGUAUCCCGGCAACCUGCCUUCCUACGUAGAGGAUUAUUUCGAGGAGGUAGACGGUCGAACGGUGACACCGACACGAACGAUGUCGUCUCGCAUUCAAUGCUUGCCGCAACCCGGUCCGUUCUUGCCGUGCCAGGAUUUAUUCGACUGGUGGACACUGCGAUGCGGCGUGUGGAUAGUCUUUCUCCUCGCUAUGCUCGGUAACGGCACCGUGGUGUUUGUUCUGAUAUUCUCGAGGAGCAAGAUGGACGUGCCGCGAUUUCUGGUCUGCAACCUGGCCGCCGCCGACUUUUUCAUGGGUGUUUAUUUAGGUUUACUGGCGGUUGUCGACGCGUCGACACUGGGAGAAUUUCGGAUGUACGCGAUACCGUGGCAGAUGUCGGCCGGCUGUCAACUGGCCGGUUUCCUGGGUGUUCUCAGUUCCGAGCUGAGCGUCUACACGCUCGCGGUGAUCACUCUCGAGAGGAACUACGCGAUCACUCACGCGAUGCACCUGAACAAGCGACUCUCGCUGAAGCACGCGAGCUACAUCAUGACGAUCGGUUGGUGCUUCGCCCUGUCGAUGGCGAGUCUGCCGCUGCUCGGGGUCUCGGACUACCGAAAGUUUGCGAUCUGUUUGCCGUUCGAGACGAACGGCAGCGCGGCGCUCGCGUACGUGGUGUUCCUCAUGCUGAUCAACGGAGUGGCUUUCCUGAUACUGAUGGGAUGUUACUUGAAGAUGUACUGCGCGAUACGCGGCUCCCAGGCGUGGAACUCGAACGACUCGCGGAUUGCGAAAAGAAUGGCGUUGCUCGUGUUUACCGAUUUCCUCUGCUGGUCACCGAUCGCCUUCUUCUCUCUCACGGCGACCUUCGGCCUGCAGCUGGUGUCCCUCGAGCAGGCGAAGGUCUUUGCGGUGUUCGUGCUACCGCUCAACUCUUGCUGCAACCCGUUUCUGUACGCGAUUCUCACGAAACAAUUCAAGAAGGAUUGCGUGCUGAUAUGCAAAGCGAUCGAGGAGUCGCGCGUGACACGGGGCAUCGGCCGGUGUCGGCACAGCUCGAAUUUCAGCAAUCGGCAGACACCCGCUAACACAAACAGUCUGGUCGAUCGGUCGUCGCGGGAACAUCAUCAGAGUCAGCUUCAGACCCCGUGCACUUGCAACGCGCGGCUUCUCGAGACCGGUAGCCGCUGCUCGUCCUAUCGCUGCUGGAGCACAGGAUUGUUCUGGCCGUGCGCGCGCGACUCCCGACCGCAGCACGCGCGCAACGACCAGUACGCGUACCAGAUCGCUCAGAUCCAACAGAAGCAGCACAAACGCGCGUCCUCGGUGUCAUCCAGCGAGAACUUCUCCUCCUCAAGAUCGGACUCCUGGCGGCAGGCGCAUCACUGCGGCAUCCCGCUUCGACUGUUGGACCCGAAGCGACGCACCACCUCCUGGCUCAUCACCCGGAAACCGUCUCAGGACUCGAAUCUGAGCUCCUCGCGCAACGACUCGUCCGGUUCCGCGACCACUGCCAGCACCAGUACAUGGCGCAUCUCGAGAUCCAGUGCCUCCCUGGAAGUUAGCGCGCGGAACACGCCGAGGCCGGUGAGACCGAAACCGCGGCUCACCCGACAGUUCGCCAUUCAGGAACCGGAACCGCCUGGAUCGCCGGGACGACUGGCCGUCAGAUUACUCGCCACGAUACCCUCAGCGGCCGAGACCAGCGAGCAGCAGGACGACGAGAAUACACCGAAUAAUUGAAUAUCUAUAUUUUUCUCGAUAUUAUUACAGGUUGCAACAAAGUAAUGCGCAUUUUUUCUUCCAAGUCUAUUCUCGCCGAGGGCGCAAUUCUUCAACGA